AUGGCGUCCGUGUCCACGGCGCCGCGCGCUCCGCUCCCGGCGGUAGCGUCGUCCUCGUCAUCCGCGCGGCAGGUGGAUCCGAACCCUAGCGGCAGCCGCUUCCUCGCCGGGCGGCGCCUCCGCGUCGUCCGCCGCCUCGCCGGCGCGGCCCCGUCGCGGCGCGCUCCGUUGGUCUGCUACUCCGCGCGUAGCCCCGACGCGGACGCCGGCGAUGAGCGGCGCCGGCGGGGCUGGGACGCGAUGCUCCACGACGCCUUCCAGGGUGUCGUGCGACGGUGGAGCGAGUACGUCAGAAAUUACUGGCCCCCACCGACCUCUGUCAAGGAGGCGGGUACGGGGAAGAGGGCUGGGAGUUCUCACGAGGAGGAGGUUAUGAAUGGGGAUGAAGAGAGGAAGGUUGGGGAGGAAGAGGGGAAAUGGGGCUGGGAGAGGUGGAAGCGGCACUUUGCUCUCAUCGAGGAGAGCGAGCGUCUCGUUGAUGAGCUCCAGCUGCAACUCCAGGCUGCUGUUUAUAGAGAAGACUACAGGAGUGCUCAUAAACUGAGGCUGGCUAUUGCUGCUACAGCAAAAAAUGACACUGUGGGCAGAGCUAUCUCUGACUUAAAUAUGGCCAUAGACGAGGAGCGCUACAAGGACGCAGCAUAUAUCAGAGAUCAUGCUGGCGCAGGACUGCUGGGGUGGUGGUCUGGAAUUUCCGGAAAUUUGUCCGAUCCAUAUGGUCUUAUAAUUCGUAUAAGUGCUGAACAUGGUCGAUAUGUGGCAAGAAGUUAUGAUACAAGACAGCUGGCUUCUGACAGCCCUGGUCUCCCUAUAUUUGAAAUAUACUAUGCAGAGGAAAAUGGUGGAUACAACCUGCAGGCAGUGCAUCUGAAACCAGAUGAUAGCGAUUCUGACCGAGUGCCAAACAUGUUAAGGGAGAAACUUGGUAUUGAUAGUAUAAACAUAUCUAGCAGUUCAGUAGGGUCUAAGCAUGAAGAAUUCGAUGGAAGUGUAAACAUGGAUGAUAAAGAUAGUGAUGAUAGAAACAUUGCUGCUGGACCUGGUUCGAAAAAUUUGUCAAGCGAUCCAACUGCAGUUCCCAGGAUUAAAAUCUUGAAAGUGGUACCCAUGCAGAAUGUUGACCAAGACUACAUAAUCAAUAUCUUUGAUCAGAUUUCAGAGGAAGAUGAUGACAAUGAUGAUCCUGAAGUUGAAAAUGAAUCUUCAGAAGAUGUUGGUGAUGAAGAUAACAGUGGAGUAGCAGAAACAGUUUCUGCAGAAGAGAACGGUGAUGAAUCUGGUGACGAAAGUGAUAUUGAAGCCUUGGUUUCAAUUCAUUUUGUCAGUGAGAAUAACAACGACUAUGCUUCUCGUCCAUCUGCUGAAGCUUUUGAACGAAUGCCAGCUAGAUUAGAAAAAAGAGACCGCUUCUCGUUUUCCUUCUAUACUGAAGAAUACAGUAAAAAGCUAGAUGCUGGAAAGGCCCAGCAGACUUCAAAGAAAACAGUUGGUUUGCAUACCGAUCAGCAGGAUUAUGAUGGUUUUGUCCAGCUUGAUCGUGUAAAGUUGAGUGGCAGCAACAAAAAACUAUCGAUACUGCAACUUGGCAUCAAACAAAAUAACAGCAAGGUGCAGCAAAAACUGCAUGGUGUUACCCACUUUAGUCGUAUUCAGACGUCUAUAUCUUCAGAUCCUCUUACCGGCUUAUAUGUGACCGCAUCAGGAUUUGACUCAGAAAUUCUUAGUUUGCAACGAAAAUUUGGUCAAUGGCGGGAGGAUGGUUCAUCUGAGGAGCAUAAUGACCUAUUGUUCUAUGAGUAUGUUGAAGCUGUAAAAUUAACAGGGGACAACCUCGUGCCAGCUAGUCAGGUUGUCUUCCGUGCAAAAGUUGGUGAACGCUAUCAGCUCCCUCAUAAGGGAAUUAUCCCUAGAGAACUUGGAGUGAUUGCUAGGUACAAGGGGCAAAGGAAAAUUGCAGAUCCUGGUUUCCAAAACCCUCGAUGGGUUGACGGGGAGCUUUUGAUACUAGAUGGAAAGUUCAUCAGAGAUGGUCCUGUGAUAGCUUUCUUUUACUGGACAUCUAAUUUUCAUCUGUUCGAAUUCUUUAGACGGCUGAGGCUUACUGACUAG